CACUGCUAUUGCGCUGAUUGAGCAGACGGCUGCUAUCGCUGUGUCCUCAUCCGUUUGCACCACUGCUACAUCAGAGGUUUGACUAUCAUCUGAUACACCUGCUGGAGAUCUCUGCCCUCCUGGACAAACACAUGGACACAGACACAUCUAGACAGCAUGGGCUCCAGAUUGAAACCAAAUCCUGAGCGAACCUUCUACUGGUUCUUUGAAGCAACUUGCCCCGUAGCCAGAGACAAAGAUCCUGGUGUAGUGUUUCAAUUUCCAGAGGACUUCAGCGAUGAGGAGUCUUGUCAAACAUUACCCAAGUUCUGCUUCCCGUAUGACAUACAAAGAACGAGGGAGGGAGUGGCCGUGCAACACUUUACUUUUGUUUUGACUGACCUUGAGGGAUGCCAGCGGUUUGGCUUUUGCCGUCUUGCCAACCAUACACAUACCUGCCUUUGCAUACUCAGUUAUCUUCCAUGGUUUGAAGUGUUUUACAAACUUCUCAACAACUUGGCCGAUUACCUCACGAAAGGACAAACCAAUGAGAUGAAAGUGAUGCUGUCUGCGCUCUACAAGCAGCUACCACUGGCAGCUGGAUCUGUCACUCUGCAGAUGGGAGAGCAGCUAUUGGUCAGCACAGAGGUGUCCCAUCCUGUUGGAGACCCAGAUAGAAAAGAGGGGAUUCCAUACUUCAUCGCUCCAGACCCCAAAAGUCUCCCUUCCAUCCCUGAAAAUAGGAACUUGACAGAGCUGAUUGUGGCAGUAGAUGUGGGGAACCUCCUCCAGCUCUACGCCAGCAUGCUGUUUGAGAGACGCAUCCUCAUCUUUGCCAGUAAACUCAGCACACUGACGUCUUGCGUGCAUGCACUCAGUGCUGUGUUAUACCCCAUGUACUGGCAACACAUCUUCAUCCCUGUCCUGCCACCCCACCUGCUGGACUACUGCUGUGCGCCUAUGCCUUACCUAAUAGGGGUCCACACCAGUCUAUAUGAGAGGGUGAGGAGUCGGGGCUUGGAGGAAGUUGUAAUUCUGAAUGUGGAUACAAACACUCUGGAAAACCCCUUUGACGAUCUGAAAAGGAUACCUUCAGAUGUGAUGUCCGGGCUGAAGGUGUGUUUGAAGCGUCAGGCGGUGUCUCCUGGCUGCGGGAUCUCAAGGGCCUUCCUGAAAGCUCAGGCUCUGCUGUUUGGAGGCUACAGGGACGCGCUGCAGGGUCACGAGGAGGGUGAGAUGUUGUUCAGUGAGGAACUGUUUGUAGAGCACAAGUCUAGCAGUAUGAGGCAGUUCCUCCAGAGUGCCAUUCAUUUACAGUCCUUCAAACAGUUCAUUGAUGGUCGCCUGGAUAUUCUGAACAAAGAGAAGGAACCAGAUGAUCUCUUUGAGGAGGAGAUCUUAAAAUGUGAAGCAGGGAGAAGCAAAUCUUAUCAACAGUUAGUUGGUAAUUUAAAGAAAGGGGGAGGAGCGCUUAUCCUUAACAUGAAGUCCAAAGCAAACAUGAGGACCAAAGGUCUCACCAAGUCUGGUUUGAAAAACCUGCUGAUGCAAAAGGCCCACAAUGACGAACACACCCUUCAGAGAGGAGGAUCUGUGUCGCACCGUCGUGCCCGAUCCGACUGCUUGCAGAACCGCCUGCCAAUCACACAACACUUUGGGAGGUCGCGUCCUCGUCGGCCUGUACACCAACACAGGGCUCCCGGAGACGAAGAGGACAUGCAGGACAAUGGGGACACAUGGGAUGGGGCUGUGUCUGGGGCUGUGAUCGAGCCAGACACACAGCUCCAGAAGGAUAAAGACGAAGAGGAAGAUUCACUGCUGUGUGACCCGGAGGAGAUGGAUCUGCUGGGGGAGAUCUUUGACACGCUCAGCUCCCGGAGCUCCCACGAACGCGGCCUGCUGUAUGGCACGCGCAGCCUGGAUCUGUUUGGACCGGACAGCCAUGACUAUAUCAGGAAGGGCAGUUUUCCAGCCAACCCCAGCCAGGAGAGCCUGUCUCUGUCCUUGAGUGGCAGUGGCAGCAUACACAGCUGGAAUCUGGAGACCACGGAGGAGCUGUCAGACCUGACGGAAGACUCUGAUUGCCUUUGCUUGGACACCAGCGUACCAGAAGAGGAGGGGAAAGAGAGUCUGCUGGCAGCGUGUGAAAUGGGGCAGCAAGAAAGCAGACUACAGGAAGUAGUGAAGGUAGCAAUAAACGGGAACCGAAAAGAAGAAACAGACAGCGGAAAUAACUUUAAGGAAGUGAAGUUAGAGGAAGAGACGGAGAUUCAGGAAAAGACAGUGAGUUUAGGAGAGGUCCCUGUGAAAGAAAUGGCUGAGAAGCGAGAGGAUGGUGGGUUGAAAGAAAAGAGGGAAGAUGUGCAAAAUCAGAGUGAGGAGGUAGCUGAGGGACAAGAGAUGGAUAAAGGAACAAAUGAAAUGCAGAAAGGUGAAGCAAGAGAAGAAGAGGGACAAGAGAAGGAGAAAGGUGAAGCAAGAGAAGAAGAGGGACAAGAGAAGGAGAAAGGUGAGGAAGUGACCUUAAACAAACUUAUAAAACUGAAUCCCCAUCAUCCCAACGGCGAGGAGGAGCAGCAGGGACUGGAGGACAAUCUGGAACCCGCAUCUUCUCCUGGGCCUCGGAGUCUCAGUGUUGACCCUAAACCUACAGCAGGUCAUGAAAAAAGAAGUGAAGAAGCAGUAAAGACAGAGGAGCUGGAGAUGAGACAGACCGCCUCCUCGCCUGAAGUGCUAUCUGCUGUAACACGCUUCCAGCUAAAGUGCAGCAACAAGCAACCGGCUGAACCUGGGAGACCUUGCAACACACUUUGGAGCAAGGAGAAUGCACAAACUCACCUGCCAUGUGACUCGAAUAUAUCAGAGGGAAAAAAACGUUCAGAGGAUGAACGAGAGGAGGAAGACCCGCCUCUGAUCAAAGUGUCUGAACUGAAGAAGAAAUUUGAAGCUUAAAGGAUAGUGCUUUGUCUUGCUUUCAACAAACCCCAUGAAAACACCAACAUGAGCAAUGUGCGAGUCCGUCUCUCAGGGCUUUCUGAUUUCUCCUGCGGUCUGUGACUCUCAGACCCAAGCAGAGCUUUGGAAAAUGGGCCACAAAUAUAUAGUUUCAUGUUAUUUAAAAAUGAAUGACUUAGAUUUAAGAAAAUGUAACACAAACUGCAUUUAGUUGGUUAUUAUCAGGCACAGAUUUGGUGCGCUGAGUGUUUACAGCAGCAGGAGGGUGUUCGUGGGAUUAGGUCAAAAUAAACUAAAGUGCGUGUUCAUCGUACUAAAAGAGCAGGUCACCCAGUAACAUGUGGCUCACUGAUGGGUUUUUAAUCAUUUUCAUGGGAUUUGUUGACUGAGAAAAACAUAUGGCACCUUGCAAAGAUUAAGCAAAUAUUUUAACAUUUGUUUAUUUUUCUGAAUAUUGUAAAGUUAGACUGACUGGUGAAUUGCACUUAGAAACAUGGUUGAAAUAAAAAGGACAUUUAAUGUUUUACAUAUC